GAAACAAGAUGAUGUUUCGUUCGACUUGUACGGUCUUCUUGUUAGCGGGCACUUCCACUGUGAAUGGCUUCCAAUUGUCUUGUCGUCCAUCUGCUGCCAUCCGUCCAGAAUGACCACCUUCCACAAGAAGAAAACUUCUUCUACGAGUCUGGAAGGACUCUCUGCCUCGGCUGCUAUUGAUGCGUUUACCAAGUAGUCUCCCUACGGGUACAGUAUCUUGCAAAUGCACGCACCUGUGGGAUCAAGGCCAGCGCGGCUGAUUCGGUAGCCCCAAAACAGUUACAACUUCAAGAUGACGACACGAUUGCCAAGAGAAAGGAUCUCUACCGAAGCGUAACCUUUGCCUGUUACACGGUGUUGUCGCCUUCUACAUUUACUCCCGCGUCUGCCCGUACUUCCGGCUCCUUGGCACAGGUCGCCCCCACCGGGCUUUUAAAAUGCCUUUGUCCAAUUCACGCUCUUGGAAUUGCCUGUGGGAUUCCUCUUUCGUGCAUUGUGCUAUGGGUACUCUCACAAGGAAGCCAUGCGGAGAUAUUGGAUGAUACUAUCACCCGUGCCACGAAACCACUCUGGCGAUACUUUCGAUUGUGGGUCCCCGCCGACCCGACAUGGCCAUCUUUGAGGUCGUACCCAAUUCCUUUCGCGUCGCCGCCAUGGCCUGUGUCUCCUUCUUCUCCUUGACUAGGAUUAUGGUGUCUCGUGUGACGCUGCUAAGAACGAAACGACGCACAACCACAGGCACAGGCACAAGAUAUGGGAUUGGCGGAUGUUGGCGUGAACGAAGAGGCAUCUAUCCGAUCCAAGCUGGGACGCUCGUGGACGAUCAAGGAGUCCGCCAACAUCACAGCGGUUGGUGUCGAAGCAACGAGCGGGUCGAGCAUCCUUACACGGUCGGAGAAGACCACGACAACUACACCACCUUGCAAUAUUACACUACCAACCCUCCAUUGCGUAGCCACAGAACUAUCGUCACGAAAACGACGAAAAAACACGACAGUUUGAUUCAAGUUGUAUACAACUGGUACAUACACUGAUGCUCAUGACGAUUGAUUACGUGGAACGAGCUUCGAAUGUUUCCGUCCGUGGCUGGCACUUCACAACUAACUGUACUGUAUGACAUGCCGCCACGGUACUAUAGUAGACCGGAACGAAAGAUACCGAUUAGAGAAGAGUAGACUAGACACUUUUUGCUGGAACCAACGCGAAGUUAAGCCCAUGCUUGUUGUUUGCCCCACCUUGUAGUCAUGAUGGGAAUGUCCUGGUGUCGCACUACUUGCAAAGUUGCGUCGUCCCUCCAUGACUUUCUCCCCUUUGAUUGUUUAUAUUUUGCCUCAUAGCCACAGGUGCUGAAGGAGCAAAAGGAAACCAUAUAUUGCGGAUGGAUCAUACAUGUAUUUACGAGGAGUGGUUACUAUGGCUUAGAGGGAAC